GUGCGCAUGUGCGGCUCUCGGAGCGCGGACAGCUCCGGUGCUGAUGCGGGAGCGGCGGGGCAGCUCGCGCGAGCCGGUGCCAGCCCAGCAUGAGACACGAGGCGCCCGUGCAGAUGACCUCUGCCCAAGAUGCCAGGUUUGGGCAGAAAGACUCAUCCGACCAGAACUUUGACUACAUGUUCAAACUGCUGAUCAUCGGCAACAGCAGCGUGGGGAAGACCUCUUUCCUCUUCCGUUACGCGGACGACUCCUUUACCUCUGCGUUUGUCAGCACAGUCGGUAUCGAUUUCAAAGUGAAAACUGUCUUCAAGAAUGAGAAGAGAAUCAAGCUUCAGAUAUGGGACACAGCAGGCCAGGAAAGAUACAGAACAAUCACCACAGCCUAUUACCGUGGGGCCAUGGGCUUCAUCCUAAUGUACGACAUCACAAAUGAAGAGUCCUUCAACACUGUACAAGAUUGGUCAACUCAAAUCAAAACAUACUCUUGGGAUAACGCCCAGGUCAUCUUGGUUGGGAACAAAUGUGACAUGGAAGAUGAACGGGUCGUCUCAACCGAGAGAGGCCAGCAUUUGGGAGAACAGCUUGGGUUUGAGUUUUUUGAAACCAGUGCCAAGGAUAACAUUAACGUCAAGCAAACAUUUGAGCGCCUUGUGGAUAUCAUCUGUGAUAAAAUGUCAGAGAGCCUGGAGACGGAUCCAGCCAUCGCUGCGGCCAAGCAGAGCACCAGACUCAAGGAAAAUCCUCCUCCAUCUCAGCCCAACUGUGGCUGCUAAUGCGCCCCCUACAGGCAGCUCCAUGGGGGGGCCUCCGGUUGCCAAGAAACAGCAUUUAUAAGUGGUCUGUGAGCCUUCACUUAUACUGCCUAAUAAUUGUUUGAAGGAAGUCUUUGAUGUCAAUGGCCCAUAUGUGCAUUCACAUCUUGAGCCAUUUCCUGUGUUAAUAUGUGGCAAACAUGCAAUCUUAAAUUUGUAAGGACUAUCCUUCUAUCAACAUCUGGUACUUGCAUGUGACUUGUUAUUUCUUUGUCUUUGAUAAUUUCUUCUUCUUCUUUUUUCUAUUGCAAAUUUCUUCUCAACUAAGCUACUGCCGAAAUCUCAGACUAUAGUUUCACCGCAACUAACUUUUGUGCCACAGACUCAACUUACGCUACUCACUUGUAUGGAUGGUGUCUAAGAAAUGGCUUGUGUGGGUGUGUGUGGGUGCGUGUGGGUGUGUCUGCGGACAAGCAGGGAGAGAUGUCAGGAAGUAAGUUGCUUUACCCAUAACUGAAAAUCAAGUACAACAUUUGCUCUUGAUUAGAGAUUCUGUCACAGGUGUGGGCAGUUUAUUAUCAGGAAAUAUAUCUAUUUUGCACUUUUAUUAAUAAUUCAGGAAUGCAUCAACUAUAAAAAAAAAAGUGAAGGGCUGGGUAUGAUGGAGCAAAACCUAUAAUCCCAGCAACUGAAGAGGCUGACGCAAGAGGAUUACAAGUCUAAGGCAUGCCUGAGCUACAAAUUGUAAAAAAAAAAACAAAAACAAAAACC